CGCCUCUUGGGGCGGGCGUCCCGCACUUGGGGCGCGGGCUGUAUCAAAGCUCGUCUUCCCUCCGCCGUGCGCCUUCUCCCAGGGGGAGCAGCUUGGGGUGGGCCUUGCUGCCUUUUCUCCCCGUCUUUCUGCCAUUGCUUUAGAUCCAGGAUGACUGUAAGUCCCGCUCCUACCCCGCUGGUCUUUGUAAUUUGUAAGGUGCAUAUCUGGGCAGGUUACACAGAGCCCUGUAAAGUCAACUUUGGGGGAAAAUCCAUGCCGCUUGGGCAGGCGUAGGAGGCCUCGGGGCCCAUCUCCACCUGCUCCCCUGUGCCCUGAGCUCCUCCCAAGGGGCCUGUGGGAGCCUUUGACUUCCUGUGGUUCUGCCUGGGCUCAGCUCGGCUGGUGCCUCCUCCGGGAAGCGGGGCCCUUUGCUCACACCCUCCAGCACAGCAGCCAUCAUUCUGGUUGUUGUGUGGGAUGCGUCGAUGCAGGAAACACAGAGACGGUCGGUCUCUGAAUGAAUCUGAUGACGCUGACCAGGUUCCCUUCGUCUCCUGGUGGACGGCUGUCCCGCUGGCCCACUGUCUCCCAAUGGAGGACUGCGGCUCGACGGCCUUAGAAGGGGACCCGACGAAAGGCCCCGCCAUGCAGACUGCCUCUGAGCCCCACAAGUCCUUGUCGUUGGCCCACAGACACCUGAGCAGAAGGAAUGGGCUUUCGAAACUCUGCCAGAGCAGGAUGGCACUCUCCGAAGACACAUGGAGCUCCUACUGUCUGUCAUCCCUGGCUGCCCAAAAUAUUUGCACAAGCAAAUUGCACUGCCCUGUGGCACCUGAGCAGGUGGACCUGGCCGGGUCCCUGGGCAGCGUGUCCUGCUGCUCCCUGCUGCGGGGCUUGGCCUCAGGGCGGUCCACGCCCCUGCUCCCGGCCCCCGUGUGCAACCCCAACAAGGCCGUUUUCACAGUAGACGCCAAGACCACAGAGAUCCUGGUUGCCAACGACAAGGCCUGCCAGCUCCUGGGGUACAGCAGCCAUGACCUGAUCGGCCAGAAGCUCACACGGUUCUUCCUGAAGCCGGACUCUGAUGUGGUGGAGGCGCUCAGCGAGGAGCACGUGGAGGCCGAUGGCCGUGCCGCCGUCGUGUUUGGCACAGUGGUGGACGUCGUGAGCCGCGGUGGGGAGAAGGUGCCGGUCUCCGUGUGGAUGAAGAGGGUGAGGCAGGAGCACAGCCUCUGCUGCGUGGUGGUGCUGGAGCCUGUGGAGCGGGUCUCGGCCUGGGUGGCCUUCCAGAGCGACGGCACCGUGACGUCCUGCGACAAUCCCUUUGCGCACCUGCUCGGGUACGCCUCUGGGGAGGAAGUGGUCGGGCAGCUCAUUACAGACCUGAUCCCUUCCGUGCAGCUCCCCACUCCCAGCGAGCACAUCCCCAAGAACCUCGAAAUUCAGAGGUCUGUCGGGAGAGCCAGGGAUGGCACCACCUUCCCCCUGAGCCUGAAGCUGAAGUUGGAGCCCAGCAGUGAGGACGCAGAUGACAGCACGGCAGCCCCCGCCGGGGGCUACUCCGCGUCCGUCUGGGUGUUCUCCACCAUCAGUGGGCUCAUCACGCUUCUGCCGGACGGGACCAUCUACGGCAUCAACCGCAGCUUUGCGCUGACGCUGUUUGGUUACGGGGAGGCCGCGCUCCUGGGCAAGAAUAUCACUUUCCUGAUUCCUGGUUUCUACCGCUGCAUGGACCUUGCCUAUGGCAGUUCCUUACCACUGCUGGACCUGGCCGACUGCCCAGACACUGGCACCCAGAGUGGGCCUGGAGGGACGACUGGGGAUGCCCAGGAGGGCUGGAGCCCUGCCAGUGCAGCUGAGGGGCGGGACUCCGGGGACUGUCGGCAGACGAGGGACACAUCUGACUCCACAGUUGGUGGGAUGGUGCCAGUCAAGUGUGGGGCCCACGAUGGAGCAGGGACAGCCCAGGACCGGGUGUCUGUGGUGGGGCGAGGGGAGGUCGCUCCGACACCUGCUGUGGAUGCGGGGCUGGAGGCAUGUCUGAGAUCAGAGCCGAGGGCGGACACUGAGACCCUGAAGCUGGUGGGGAGCCCCGGCAGUCCCCCCAGGGCUCAGGCCCACUCCGAUGCUGGAGGCCGCCUCCCCUCCUCGCUCCAGACAACGAGGCCCGGGCUGGGGGUGGACAGCAUCUCAGAAGGAAGUCCGCCAGCCCCUGGCCAACAUUUGUCGCCUGAGGACCAGCAGAAUAUCCCAGAAGGAAGCCCACUAGCCCAGGAACAGUUGUUGCGUGAGAUCCAGUGGAACACACUGGCAGGAAGCCCGCCAGCUGGUGGCCAGCGGUCGUGGGCAGAGCGCCAGCAACCCGCAGCAGUGUGCAGCUUCACACAGGACCUUUUGGGAGGAAGCAGGUUGGACCCAGUGGACACAAAACCAUUUGCUUCACAUGCAGAUUCUGAAGCUCCAGUCCUGACUGCGGACAGGAGCGGCGCCACUGAAACGUGUGGCCCGUGUCAGGAGGCACAGCUGGGACGCAGGCACUCAGGCAGUGCCAGCACUCCAAGCACUCGCGCCGAUGCCCCCGAGGCCAGGCCCCAGGCCGCGGGUCAGCCGGCAGGGGAGGGCCUCCUGCAUGGCGCUGGAUGCAGGGUAGAGUGCGGUGGGCAGCAGGGAGGCCGGGGGUUGGCCCGCAGUGCCCCUGGGACGGUGCAACUCUCGUCCUCGACGCCUUCUCUGGAUGAGCUGUGGCUGGGGAUGAGGGAGGACCGGGAGGAGCUGCAGACGUGCUUAGUUAAGGAGCAGCUGUCUGUGUCGGGCUUCGCGGGACCCCUGGACGUCUCCCACGCCAAGCUCGGCCCGGCGGAGCAGCCCCCGCCCUCUGCCUCCGUGUCCUUGUGUGACCUGGGAGGCACAGCCCUGUGUGGUGGCCGCUCGGGCAGCUCCUCGGCCUGCUACGCCCGAGCCACAGACCUCCCGGGCGUCCUGGAGGCCCCGGAGGCUGACGAGAAUUCCUUCUCCUGGAACCUCAAGGAGCUCUUUCUCAGCGAACAGACAGAGCGCACCUCCUUGAGCUGUUCCUGUACUACGUCUGAGCCCGGGUGGACACCCUCCCCUUCGCUGGUGGGCUCUGACGUGGAUGUGGGCGUCUUGCAUGGGCCGAGGUCAGAUGUCCUGGACGAUAGGGAGCUGCUACUGCUGACCGGCACCUAUUUCCAUCUCGGUGAAGGCUGGCGCUUCCGUGAGAGCUGCCUGGGCCUCGGUGGGACAGGACCUUCUGAGACCUGCUUGGUGUCCUCAGAGCACUGUGAAGUGAGUGGCAGAGAGAGCCCGGGCUGCGUCCCUCCCGUGUCGGGAGCCAGCUCCGAGGACACAUGCCCAUUAGAGGAGCCCAGGCUGACCCUCCAGGUCACCUCCACGCCCGUGAGCAGGGACGGCUCAGUGAUGCUCGGGGCUGCCAGCCUGCAGCCUGAGAUCCAGGAGGGCACCUACGUGGGGAGCUGCUACCACCAGGACGGCUCAGAGCUGAGUGUGCAGUUUGAAGUGAAGCGGGUGGAGCUCCAGGGCUCAGCGACCCUGUUCUGCUGCUGGCUGGUGAAAGACCUCUUGCAUGGCCGGGACUCGGCCCUACGGACCCGCCUGCUCCUGGCCAGCCUGCCCGGCUCUGCCCACACCACGUGGGAGCUGCCUAGAUCCCGCCUGGGGGAAUCGCAGGUGCUUGGAGCCAGACCUUGGUUUGAGGAGCUCCCCAAGGCUGUGGAGCUGGAGGGGCUGGCGGCCUGCGAGGGCGCCUACUCCCGCAAGUACAGCACGCUCAGCCCGGUCGGCAGCGGGGCCUUCGGCUUUGUGUGGACGGCAGUGGACAAGGAGGCGAAUAAGGAGGUUGUGGUGAAGUUUAUUAAGAAGGAGAAGGUUUUGGAGGACUGUUGGGUCGAGGACCCCAAACUUGGGAGGGUUACUUUGGAGAUCGCCAUUCUGUCCAGGGUGGAGCACGCCAACAUCAUCAAGGUGUUGGAUGUGUUUGAGAACCAAGGGUUUUUUCAGCUGGUGAUGGAGAAGCACGGCUCCGGCCUGGACCUCUUUGCCUUCAUCGACCGCCAUCCCAACCUGGACGAGCCCCUGGCAAGCUACAUCUUCCGACAGCUCGUGUCGGCGGUGGGCUACCUGCACUCGCAGAGCGUCCUCCACCGGGAUAUCAAGGACGAGAACGUCGUCAUCGCCGAGGACUUCUCCAUCAAGCUCAUAGACUUCGGCUCGGCCGCCUACCUGGAUGCGGGCAGGCUCUUCUACACCUUCUGCGGGACCAUCGAGUACUGCGCACCCGAGGUUCUCCUGGGAAACCCUUACAAGGGGCCGGAGCUGGAGAUGUGGUCCAUGGGCGUCACGCUAUACACGCUGAUCUUUGAGGAGAACCCCUUCUGCGAGCUGGAGGAGACCAUGGAGGCUGCCAUCAACCCCCCGUACCUGGUGUCAGAAGAUCUCAUGAACCUCAUGUCGGGGCUGCUGCAGCCUGUCCCCGAGCAGCGCACCACCUUGGAGAAGCUGGCCACAGACCCCUGGGUGACGCAGCCCGUGAACCUUGCUGAGUACACCUGGGAUGAGGUGUGUCGAGUGAACAAGCCAGAGAGCAGAGUUCUGUCCACUGUUGGUCUGGAGAUGGAGGCCAGGAGCCCACGCAGCGGCUCGGGCCCAGAGCUGCACAGAGCCCCGUGCACCAGGGCAGGCCCCUGAUCGCCAGGCGGACCCUGCUUCCUGCCGCACCGCAACAGUCAGUCAGGAAGUCCUACUAUUUCCAGCUCCUUCUGUUCAGAGGAAGUGAGUGCUCAACAGUUAGGCCCAGUUCACCUUCUGAAAACUCAUAUGCAAGCUUGAUAAAUGUUAGAACAAAAGCUAGUAUUGUAUUAGGUUUAUAAAAUAGGCCUGGAAUUAAUUUUUUUAUGACCUUGAAAAAACUUGUAAUUUUUAAUUGAGUUUUGUACUGUCAAAGGGCUUUUAAUUUAUGAACUUCCAAAAGGCAUAAAAGAGGUUUUUAAUUCUCUUUCUACUUUGGUGUAUAUGUGCCUAUGUUUUUGUUUCCUUUGACUCGGUAUUGUAGAACUGGUUAGCCAAAUGACCAGACUGUUUCAUUAAUUUAUUUCCUUGAACGUUGUCCAGAUUAAAGGAAUUUUGCUAGUAAAGAGCAGUGACUUGGACCACGUGAA